GCAGUCCGCAUACGUCAUGGCGGCCAGACGUCUCUUUGGGACUACGUGGACCUGGACCGGCUGGCGGGCCCGGGAGCUCCCGGUCCCUGCCGAGCCUGGAAGACUCCUGGUGCGGGGUUAUGCCAAGAGACCGGUCAUGAAGGGGGGCAAAGGCGGCAAAGGUGGAGUGGCCAGUGAGGCCCUAAAGGACCCAGACGUGUGCACAGACCCCGUCCGACUCACCACACAUGCCAUGGGCGUCAACAUCUACAAGGAGGGCCAGGACGUGGUCCUGAAACCAGACGCGGAGUACCCCGAGUGGCUGUUCCAGAUGAACGUGGGCCCCCCCAAGAAGCUAGAAGAGCUGGACCCCGAGACCCGGGAGUACUGGCGGCUGCUGCGAAAACACAACAUCUGGCGUCACAACCGUCUGAGCAAGAACCAGAAGUUCUAG